GUUGUGCCACUACCAGGUACCAAGGACGAACACAUUUAUUUAGAGUAACUAAUACUUGGCUUAUAAAUCAAAAGAAAUAUUCGAGAAAAUACUGAAUAUCAGGUCAAGCAGGUACUCAUAUCAUUAGGUACUCAUAUCAUUACGCUCUUACAAUAUAUGAAGGAAAAAGUGAGUACCACUUACUAUAUACUUGCAUGUAAGCAAAAUCAUAAUCCAUUUUUAUCACAAAUAUAUUUCAUAUAUUGCUCAUAUACAGAGAAAUACAAAAACUGAAAUGAAUUAUCUCGUAUAUCACAUGUCCCUUAAUAUAUAUAUAUGUUCCCUUAUCUCCCCGUUAGCGUAUAUUUCAGACAGGCUGUGGAAUAUCUGUUAUGAUCAUCUCCUAAAACGGAUUCCAUUGGGGGUUAAACGGCAAAACAUGGGUUAGAAUUAUAAUGAAUGGAUCUAAUAAGAACAUAUGAAUUAUUCAGUCAUGAAUUCCACCAAGAGCUGCUGUAGUUGCCUCCCGUGGAUAUUCCAGAUUCGGGUUAGAUUUCGGGUUGAUUAUGUUUCUUUGUUUGUCAGAACCAUACCCGUUAAGUUGUAAACAUCUAAAAACUAAAUUACGGUGUCAUCUGCUCACUGGACCGUACACGACGUCCGCUUACACAAAGGAAGGCCGAUAUAUGUUAAACCUUCAUGCUCGACCUCUUUACAUCCGAUACCCCGACGGUUGACACAAUAUGCUUUCACACUCAAGAGCAGUGCAGAUAUAGACAGCGUGUUUUCUGUGGAGUGUAGUCCUAGCUAACAUGGCGAACAUUCAGCUAUAUCACUUCUCUGCAAGCCCGCCAUGUCGUUCUGUCCGCAUGGCUGCAAAGGCUCUUGGUGUUCAACUCGAGUUGAAACAACUCGACUUUGCGAACAAAGAACAUCUUAAUCCAGAGUUUUUAAAGAUAAACCCUGAUCAAAUUGUCCCAACAAUGACAGAUGGAGACUUCACACUGUGGGAGAGCCGCGCCAUCAUGCGCUACCUGGUGGGGAAGUAUGGGGGUGAGGACAACAGCCUGUACCCCCGGGACCUCCAGAAGAGGGCUGAGGUGGACCGCCUGUUGGACUAUGAUCUGGGGGUCUUCUACAGAGCCAUGUUGGAGACUCUGAUGUGGCCAGUAAGAAACAGAAGUACACCGACCAAAGAACAACAAGAACAGGUUGUCAAGGCUUUCAACCGGAUUAAUACACUGCUCAAGGAUAAGAAGUUCCUCACCGGAGAUAAUGUCACCAUUGCCGACUUUGCGAUGGUCGUUGGGUUUGCAGCCGAAUUCCUCUUCCAAGGGAAUAUGUCAGAUUACCCCAAUGCUAUGGCAUGGUACAAGAGAAUGCAAGAAUUACCAUACUACCAGGAAGUGAAUCAAGCAUUUUAUGACAUAGUGGAAAAAAUGAGGAAUCCACCAGCAGAAAAGUCGUAAAAUGUUGAACGUAAAUUGAUCCGUGCAGAUGCAUUGGUUACUGAUGAUGAAAUAGGUCAAGUCAUAACAAUGCAAAAGUUCCAUGUUGUGCCAGUUUCCAUUUAUCUGCUUAUACCAAGGACGAACUCAUAGAUCUAGUGUAACUAACACUUUGCUUAUAAAUCAAAAGUAACGUUAUGGGAAAAUUCUGGAUAUCGGGUCAAGCAGUCGCCUCUAUUAUAUGUGUUUGUGCAAGUACUCCACUACUUUUAAUAUUUGAGGGUAGUACCACUUACAAUAUAUAUGCAUUCAAACAAACUCCAUUUUUAUGAUAAAGUCAUACUCAUUUCAAAUAUUGAAAUAAAGUAUCUCGUAUA